AUGGAAUUGUCAAAGAAGUUAAGGAAGAACUGGGUGUUAAGCAAUUUGAUUGUGUUUGUAUCGGUGGUUGUCUUAGUGUCGUGUUUUCUCGUCAUUUUUGUUUCACUGCUUAAGCUUCCUGAUGUAUCACAACCUAAAGGAAUGUUUGGGUCUCAUAGACGUUUGAGAAAUAGAAAAGUGGUGAAAGAAGAUGAAAGUUUGGGUGAACUUGGGGAAAUGAUGAUUGGAAUGUUGCCUGCAGAUCUUGCUUUUACCGUCUUUGUUCCUUCUGUGAAAGCUUUCGCUAAUGAAUUGAAACUGCAAGUGAAUGAUAGUGUGGUUGGGUUAACAGAGAAUGAUAAUACCUUUGCUAUACUCUCUCGUAUUUUAGCUUUCUCAGCCAUUCCAAGGAGUCUACUUUCUGUUAAUGUACCGGUUGGAAAGGAGGUUACUUUUGAUUCUAUAUCUGGAUUCACAUUAUAUAUUUCGAGAGACUCAGAUGGAAGUUUGGUUGUUAAUAGAGUUAGGUCGAAACGUCUUGAUCUUCGGAAAAGAGACAUGGUUGUACAUAUUAUGGAUGGGGUUAUCAUGGAUGCAGAAUUUGAACAGUCAGUCCAACCUGAAAAUGAAGAUGAAGACUGA